GUGUGAUGUUUGGAUCUUCCACGCAUCCUCAUUCAUUAAACACAACGAAACAAAGUAUACAGAGAAGAGCAUAGAGAGACUUCUCUCCUCUUAGACACACUCAGCUAGUCAACCAUUUGAGCUCAUCCUCAAAGAGCAAUGGUUUGGAUUUGGGCAACAAUUGGGUUGCUUGCCCUUGUUUAUAUCCUGCAAGCAUGGUGGAAGAACAAGAAGAAGAUGUUACCUCCUGGUCCAAGAGGGUUUCCCAUUUUUGGAAGCCUUCACUUGCUAGGGAAGUUCCCCAACAAGGAUCUUCAUCGGCUGGCCCAAAAAUACGGCGACAUCAUGUACAUGCGAUUAGGCCUUAUGCACACCAUUGUUGUCUCGUCUCCACAAGCUGCCGAGCUGUUCCUCAAAACACACGACCUUGUUUUUGCAAGUAGGCCACCACAUGAAGGAGCAAAGCUCAUCUCUUUUGGGCAAAGGAGCUUGGUUUUCUCUGAAUAUGGUGCAUAUUGGCGCGACACGAGGAAGAUGUGCACCCUUGAGUUGCUCAGCAACCACAAAAUCAACUCCUUCAAGUCCAUGAGGAGAGACGCGAUUGCUCUCUGUGUUGAGUCUAUUCGAGCCACUGCCGAUAAUGGACGUGUCGCUGUUGAUCUGAGUGACAAUGUCUCAUCUCUCAGCAUGGUCAUGAGCUGCCGGAUGGUGCUUGGGAAGAUGUAUAAGGAUGAGGAGUUUGAUGCGAGGGGUUUCAGGUCUGUGAUCGAAGAGGGCGUCCAAUUGAUAGGCGCUGCUAACUUGGGUGAUUACAUUCCUUUUAUAGCUCCCUUCGACCUCCAAGAUUUCACGAAGCGGAUGAAGUCUGUUAACAAGGCGUUUGAUACCUUCUUUGAGAAGGUCAUUGACGAGCAUAUUCAAUCUAACGAGGGAGAAAGGACUAAAGACUUUGUUGAUGUCAUGGUGGCCUUCAUGGGAUCUGAACAAUCUGAAUACCGAAUCGAACGCCCUCAUAUCAAAGCCAUAAUAUUUGUUAGUAUACACAAAAACUUAGACAUAUAGGCAUGGUGGCACUAAACACCAAA